AUGGCCUACAAAACUUAUAUUCCACUUGAGAACAACCCAGAUGUGAUGACGAAGCUCGCUCAUCAAUUGGGCCUUUCUCCAGUCUUAUCCUUCCAUGACGUCUUCAGCCUGACCGAACCCAGUCUGAUCGCUAUGCUUCCCCGACCAGCAAGUGCCCUUCUCUUCAUCUACCCGGAAACAGACCUCUCCCGAGCAUACAGUGCCCAAGAGAGAGCAUCUGACAAAGCAUACAAUGGAUCUGGCCCCGAUGAACCAGUCAUCUGGUAUCCUCAGCUCAUCACACAUGCCUGCGGCCUGAUGGGUUUGCUUCACUGCACGACCAACAGCCCCGCUGCGGAAUUGAUUCAAGCGGACAGCGAACUUGACAAGUUCCGAAAGGCAAUUCUCCCCCUCAAGCCCACCGAGCGAGGCCAAUACGUGCAUGAUUCCGACAUCUUGGAGAAGGCUCAUGCCGUGGCUGCUCAAGCUGGAGACACCAUCGCGCCCGCUCUAGGUGAAGACCCUGGCCAUGCUUUCAUUGCGUUCGUGAAGGGAAAGGAUGGUCAUUUGUAUGAAUUGAAUGGUUGUAGAAAAGGCCCUGUCGAUCGUGGUAUUCUAGAAGAAGAUGAGGACGUCUUGAGCGACAACGCUCUGGCUCUGGGCCCAUUACCAUAUCUCAAGCGUGAGGAGAAAGCCGGAAAUGGUGUGCUCAAUUUCAGCUGCACCGUCCUUGCUCCCAGCAUUGAUGGUUGA